AUGAAUUUCGAUGCUGGAGAGAUUGAUGAAACUGAAGAAGUAAUUCGUGAGUACAUUAACAACAACAUGAUCCUCGCUAACAAUUUACGUCAACAAAACUACCAACCGAUCCAUGGUGGCUUGAUUCCCGGUCAUGCAGUGAUCAACCGCGAUCGAGAAACUGCGCAUCAGAAUUUGGUCAUAGAUCAUCGAUAUCAGAUGUCACAAAGUUUGUUCCUUCGUAUUGUUGAUGCAAUGAAAGAUGAUGACUAUCACUUCCAACAACGAAGUGAUGGACUUGGUAGAAUGGGAUUAUCACUGUUACAGAAAGUAACAGUUGUUUUUCGCAUGUUGGCAUACGGUCUACCAGCUGAUGCUAAGGACGAAUAUGUUAAAAUAGGCACCAAUAAUGAUAUCAAUGUGCUAGAGUCAUCUAAUCUUUUCUCUAAUCUAGCUCAAGGUAUUGCUCCUCCCGCUCACUAUGUUAUUCAAGGAAAAGAGUAUAAUAUGAGUUAUUAUUUAGCUGAUGGAUCAACUCGUUUUUGGAAAAAACAUGUAUUACAUGACAUAAUGACUGCAUGCAUUAUUAUGCACAAUAUGAUAAUUGAGGAUGAACGUGAUCUUUAUGCACCAAUUCAAGAAGUGAGGGAAGCACCAACACCAGAAGUUGAUAUUGUAGCAGAUAAAACUAUAAGAUUUAAUCAAUUUAUUACACGUUACAGACAAAUCAAGGAUAAAGAUGCCCAUAUUGCGUUUCGUAAUGCAUUGAUAGAUCAUCUAUGGGAGGAAUACACUAAUUCAGAUAGUUAA